AUGGAGAGUUGGACUUCCGCAUCAGAAGAAUUCGAAGAUCAGGCCUGGUGGGCGUGUUUGAAUAACGCCGAACUAUAUAACUUCGGAUCAGAUUGGCAACGAGUGUAUGAGAUUUUGCCGGAGAUAGCUGGACCGUCGGCUGGGGGGCUUGUAUCCCUAGAAACACUAUCGUUCAUACGGUCGGGGUUUAAAAAAUGGCUCAGCGAGGCAAAACAGAUUGAACCUGAGCUCUGGAGAAAGGACCCUCAUCGAUUUAUUGAGCUCAAGGCAUCUAGACUCCUGGGCGCAGUAACAACAAGAUAUAUGCUUCUUGCAGAUCAAGAGGCAUUCGAAACAGAUGGACGAUUACGGUUGAUAUACCUGGAUAAUAAGAGAAAUAUUGUCCGGGAGACACGGGUUGACGCUGAUGGACAGACUAUCACGGAUAUUAUCAUGGCCUGGUUUGAACUUACUGACCCCCUUGAGCUUGAGGAUGGCAUAACUGGUGAUAGAUACCGGGUUACCGGUGAUCUGGGAAGAGAGUUAUAUGAACUGACUGAUUCCGAUUUCGCAGACCCUUAA